UGUAAAUAAAAAUCAUUAGAAACAUUUACUAAACAAAAGCAAACAUAUAGGAAGAGUCAGAAAUUGCGAUCCUGGAGAUUAUCCCAUAGAUGUUCAGCAAGCUUUGGAAAGAUCUAUAGAGUUUUAUGAAGGCUGCUAAUGGCUAGAGAGUUUAAUGACUAGACUGCAUUUAGUAACCAUGGUAAUGCUCAUGUUUUUCUUUGAGAAUUUCAAAUAGCUGUACAAUAUUACUAGUGAGAAAAUUUCAAACAUAAACUUUUUUCAGAGUUUGAAAUCUUCUUAAUUAAUGAUGUAAUGGUGUAGUGAUUUGUAAGUGAGAGGUUCUGAGUUUGAUUUUCACCAUGUUCCUGGUUACACUACAAUCAGCUAUAGUUGAAAAAGAAGUCUAUAAUUUAUAAACAAAUUUUUUUUUUACAAGCUUUUUUCAGGAUCUGCUGCAUAAUUUAUUGGAACACUAUUUAACAUUAAAGUAUGUAAGAAUCAGCUAAUUAAUAAUAAUGCCGAUGUUGUCAGCAUAUUUGUUGUAAAUCUAAAUGGAUUAUUAUGAUGGAAUAAUGAGGAAAUCUUACUAAAUGUUUCAACAAUUAUUAACUCAUUGAUUGUGUUGAAAUCUUCAAGUUGCAUGGCUCAAGUGUUAUUGUGGAUGGAUAUUUUGCAAGCACUCAUUUGCAAUGUUUUACUCAAGUGAAGGUGCAAAAUGUUUUUUAAAUGAAGUAGUGUUAUUUGACACUCCAGAAUCAGAUACGUGCUCUAACUAGUGAAGGAAAAGGAUUAAAGGAUUAACAGCUUAUUUGAUAGGAACAACAAAUACUCUUGGGUUCAACUUGGAUGAGUGAGGGUAGAUGCGAAAGUUUACCCAGAACACGUCGAAUCAGCAUGCAAUAAAAAUCAAAAUGGCACAAAAUAAUACAUAUGCAAAGAAACAUGAAAACAUUCUUUAUAGCCAAGAGUUUAAGUUAAACUUUAGUAAAAGUGUUAGAGUAGAUUGGAAAAUUCUUGGACUUUGGUUAAAUAUUGAAGAAAACUGUAUUGACACAAUUGAUCAUGAUAAACCCAAUACCCUUGAAAAAGCAUAUAAAAUGCUAACUACGUGGAUGCAAAUGAAUGAUAAUCCAACACUUGAGAAGUUGAAAACAGCUUUAAGGAACAUGGAUAGAAUUGAUCUAAUAAGAAAAAUAGACGAAUUAACAAAAACUUCGAGUUCACCAGAAAGUUCUACCAGAACUUCUUCUAAGAAAGAUAUAUCAGAGAUAUGCACAGCACUCAAAAGUUUCUAUCUUACAAAUUAUGGGAAAAUAAAUGAAGUUCAAGUACCACUAAAAUCACCUGCAAAUGUUGAUUUAAUGCAUAAAUUUGUUGAUCUAUGUAUUGUUGAUGCAGUUAAUGCUCAAACAGAUGCUGUAUUAAGUGAACGAAAAGAAUUUCUUCAAAAGCAAUUGCGUUAUACACCAAUUCCAUAUAGUGAAAUAUUUAUGAAAGAUAAAUCUGUAACAAUAAUAUCUGGAAUAGCUGGUAUUGGGAAAACAUGGUUGCUUAGAAAAUGUUUGCUUGAUUGGUCAAAUGGUCUAAUUUGGAAAAAUUUUAAACUUGUGUUUUAUUUGGAAUGCAGAAGACUUAAUCAAUAUCAAAAUAUUUUUAAUAUUCAUGAAUUACUAAAUGUUUUCUACAAAGAUAUUAUAAAUGAUUUUGAUAUUAGUACUCAUUCUACGCUGUUUAUAAUUGAUGGAUUAGAUGAGUUUAAAUAUCUAAAUGAAUUAAUAAAUUGCAGUUCGAGUUGUAACUAUCCAAUUGUUAAUGUUUUAAAAGAAAUUAGAAAAUAUAAAUAUGUAGUUGCUGGUAGAGUUUAUGCAAUUGAUCAGUAUCAAAGUAUAUCUACAGAGGAUUGUGAUAAGAUAAACAUUCAAAUUAUGGGAUUUAAUGAAGAUGGAAUAAAUAAUUAUAUAGAAAAUAAUGUUUUAGAGGAAAAAAAAGAUGUUGUGAAAGCAACUUUGAAGGAAUCUGCAAUUGCAAAAUCAAUGUCAUCUGUUCCAUUUUAUUUAUCUUUCAUGUGUAGGAUUAUUAGUAAUUCAAAAAGUUUAUACAAAAAUUCUUUUUUAACAAUGACAGACUUGUAUGCAAAUAUUUUUUUACACUUUUUGCAAAAACACAUUAUCAAAAACAAUGAAUCGAUUUUUCAAUUUAUGAAAAACGAUUGCAAUAAAGAAUAUAUUUUAAACAUUUGCAAAAUUGCAUAUCAAUUGUUUGUUGAAAAUAAAGUAAUUUUCUCCAAAGAAGACAUUCAAACUUUCAUAAAUGACUUUGAUAAAAAUGAAGAAAAUUUUUUUGGAUUUAUUGAAAGGAUUGAAACAAGUCUAGGUGAAUAUAUUUAUCAAUUAGCACAUUUGACAAUAAUGGAGUUUUGUGCAUCUAUAUAUGCAUAUAAUUGUUUAAGUAGUGAAGAGAUUAUGACUAAUGAAAAGCUGAAGAGUUGUUUAUCAAUGAUUUGUGGUUUAACCAAUAAAAAUCAAAAUAGUUCCUUAAAGUUUCUUGUUAACCUAAAUCCUUUAAAAAAAUCUUGUGAAGAUUCUUUAUUUUUGUUUUCUAUUUUUGGUAAGUCUAUAAUACUUUAUUGCAUUAUUGUAAAUUAUUUUAUUUAUCAAAAGUGCAAGUUUAUUAAAAUCAAAAGUUUAUAAACAUUAAGUUUUUUUAAAGCUGUUUUUAUCAUUCCUUCUUUAAAGGAUAGACUCUAUUCUUUUGUAUUUAGUAUGUUUGACAAUAUUUGGCAAGAUUUUAAGAGAAAAUCAAAAUAAAUAAUAUUUUAUAAGAAAAUAUAACAAAUA